CUGUCGUUGGCCUGCUGUAUCCCUGCAUUGACAGCCACCUUGGGGAGCCACACAAAUUCAAGAGAGAGUGGGCCAGUGUGAUGCGAUGCAUAGCAGUUUUCGUUGGCAUUAACCAUGCAAGUGCUAAACUAGAUUUUGCAAACAACGUCCAGCUGUCCUUGACUCUAGCAGCCUUAUCACUGGGUCUUUGGUGGACGUUUGAUCGUUCAAGAAGUGGUCUCGGACUUGGAAUUACAAUAGCCUUUGUAGCAACCCUGAUAACCCAGUUUCUUGUAUAUAAUGGUGUUUAUCAGUAUACAUCCCCAGAUUUUCUUUACAUCCGUUCUUGGCUUCCAUGUAUAUUUUUCUCAGGAGGCGUGACUGUAGGGAACAUAGGACGUCAGCUGGCCAUGGGUAUUCCAGAAAAACCACACAAUGACUAAAUCUUUGAAGAAAACAGCAUGGUGCCAGUGGGAAAGCAACAUUACGAAGAUGUGUUCCUGUUUUGAGUUGAAGAUUAUUUAGAAAAAAUAAUCUCUUUAUGGGCUCACUGCACAAAUGACUUGUGGAAAAAACAAAAUUAAUCCAUUCUUAGAAUAGCCAAGUGAAAUUAACUGCUUAUCUUGAAAUCUUACCCUGAUUUACCACAUAAGCAUUUGCGUAUGGCUGUUCUGUGGAAGAGUUUAACACCAAGUUGCGUACAACUGUUCAGGCUGAGUGGCAGUUUUCAAAGUAUUAGAUUCCAGUGUAAGUUACUGAAGUAGCUGCCAUAUUUUAAAGCCUUGAAACUGAAAUUUAAUUACAAGCUCUUGUAUCAGUGCCCAAAGGAAGUAGGUUGAUGGUGCUUAACAGUGAUGAAGUAUGGUUUAAUAGGAAUAGUAUUUAUCCAAAUCUGUAAAAAAUAGGGUUAUUUAAAAAUAAGAGUGAUCGAAACAGGUUAAAGGCAUUGCAUUCAUGCUUUUAGAAGUCUUAUGAAGGAAUCAUGCCCUUACUUGUAAUGCUGCAUUAAGUUUUUGUCUUUGACAGUGUAGAGGAUUGAAGGGAUGAAAGGUUGGAAGUUACUUAGUUUGGAAUUUCUAAAUUACUUCAGUACGAUAGGUGAACACUGGAGACAAUCUUGUUCAAAUGUGAACUUUAUCAAGAAUUCUGACUGGAAAUUUCAUUAAUUCUAGAGCUUGCCGUUAGAUUUGCAAGAAUCAAGUUCUGACCCCAAUACAAUAAGAAAUUUAAGCGUGUGUGAGUAUUCCUGCUUCAUAGGAGACAUAUGAUUCAAU